AGCUUGAAAAGCGAGAGGAUUUUCUAGUAUGGUUCGAUUAAAAGGAAAGCUUACUGUGACAAAGAAAACAUCAUCGAGCAAACUCAAAGGGGUAGUAGCUGAGGAGCCGUUAGAACGUAUAUUCACAUUGGAGUGGCACUUCUACAUUGCUUUGGGUGUUUUCCUUAGUGUUUAUGUUAAGUGCACAUCAGCUUCCAUUCCUAGUGGGGAUGCAGGUGACUUUAUCAUGGCAUCCCAUCACUUUGGGGUGGCUCACCCGCCUGGAUAUCCUCUGUACGUGACAUUGGGAUAUAUUUGGAUGAAAUUAUUACCUUUUGGAAGUCCUGCGUUUAAAUUAAAUCUCCUUACCAGCAUGAUUGGAGGGCUGGCUGCGACAAUUGUAUACAUCACUACUUACAAGAUUACCAAUUUCAUCCCGAGUGCAGUGUUUGCCAGUACUGUAUUCGGUUUUUCUCACCUGGUGUGGUUCCACUCGGUUGGUGCGGAGAUAUUCUCCCUGAACAAUCUGUUUUGUGCUCUUCUCCUUUAUUGGGUGGUCAGGUUCCAACGUGCUGCGGUUACUAAUAGAGCCAGGGUUGCCAUGGAGGCGAGUUUCCUGUCAGGGCUGAGUAUGUGUAAUCAGCACACCAGCGUUCUCUUUAUUUCUGUUGUAGGAUCAUGGAUGUUCAUCUCUCUGUUGAGGGACAAGGCUAUAACAGCAAAACAGUUUGCUUGCACAGGAGCAAUAUUCACCCUAGCACUGCUCCCUUAUAUACAACUGCCCUUGAGCGCUUACUUUGCUGGAGCGCCGAACACUUGGGGAGACCACCGUACUUUAUCAGGAAUCUGGAAACACUUUGUACGGGAAGAAUACGGCACUUUCAGACUACAGGCACAAGACGGUCUUUCAAGUGACUUUCUCGGGAAUCUGAGGAUGUACACACGUGACGUCAUCAAGGAGUUGGGUAUAUUGACGUUGCUAUUGUGUGCUGCCUGUCUUACUACUGUUUGGCACUUCUCCCAUAUCAAAACUAUCGUGUACGUGUACGCUGCUAAUAUUGGAGUCUACAUUCUCUUCUUCUGUAACCAGGCAAAUGUUGAUCUCAGCGCGAAAGAAUUUAACAAGGGCGUGUUAGAACGGUUUUGGAUGCAAGCCAAUAUCCCGGUCAGCAUUCUAGCCGGUUGCGGCAUGUGGUGUCUGUACUCUUUUAUCGCUGAAAGAUGGAAGGUAGAGAAGCUUCACUACUUAUUGGGACUUGUUGCCCUGCUGGUUGGGACUCAUCAAAUUAGAAGAAACCUCACUUCAUGCGAGUUGAACAACAACUUCAUCAUGCGAGAUUUCGGGAGGAAUAUGUUAGAUGCUGUGCCAAGAAAUGGUGUUCUGCUCGUACAAGGAGAUAUGCCUUCCAUCAUUACCUCCUAUCUGCGCUACAGUGAGAACUACAGACCUGAUGUAGACGUGGUUGAUCAGGAGUUAAUUGGAUUUAAUUGGUAUAAAUCAAUGAUCGGACCUAGAUUCAACCACUACAUAUUCCCUUAUGACAGGGAGGUAUAUUUUAAAGAAAUUCAGAUACGAAGAGAAGAAAAAGAACCCUUCUCUUACAAUUUUCUGGACGUUUUUGAUGUUCACCGGAUGGCUGGGGUUGCUCUAUACGUUUAUCCUUUGGAAAUGAGAGAGGGAGAUGAAUCAUGGACGGAGAUAUACGAGAUUGUCCCAACCAGCAUGGUGUUUGAAGUGCGGCAUAAAGAAGAUUCCUACAGUAUUGAAGAGUUUUUAGAUAUCGCGGAUCAGCGAUUGAAGUUCGAUACCAGUCACAUCAACUGCGACAGUUCUCUGUAUCCAGUCCGUAGUUGGGAACAUCUAAUAGCUGACAAAUGUGGCGCUCAGGCAUUCCUUCCUGCCAUAUACGCUCAAGUAAAGUUUACAGAAGAUGAAACAGCGUAUAUAAAACCACACAACCGACUCCUCAUGAUCAAGAUCUUUAAUUUUUACAGACACGCGUGUGAUACUAUGACAGUAAUAUUAGAGGACGGUACGACUAAAAUGCUGUUUAAACCCGAUCACAACAAUUACUACGGGAUAAUGGCCUACCUUCUUUAUCAAAACUACUUAAGCACGGAGGAGUUUGCAGAAGCAGGAAAGUACGCCCGAGUGAUGAAUUAUCAACUGGAGACGUACAUGAGAAGAAAUGAUGAAGGUAAAGAUGUGAAGGAAGAUUACAAAGACAUUAAGUCCGUGUUGGCUGGGGCAAUGAAACAGUUUCCGGACUUGGAAACCAAUAAGGACUAUGACAUGGUGAAGCUGGGGAUAUAAUUUAUGCGCUUUUCUUUCAUAAUAAAGCAUAAAGAAACGAUAAAAAUCAACUUUCACUUCAUGGUUGUUUCUAAAUUAUAUCGAGAGUAAACUAUGUCGCCAUUUACUGCCCAGAGUCAGACAUUUUUUAAAUUUCAGUUCCAUUUUGCA